CCAUGAUUACUGUGGCCAUUUUUGAAGAAUUGGUAGAAAAACCAAAGCAGUGUGGGGCUCUCUCUGUCCCUUUCAAUGUUACAAAAGGAGCCCAGCUUUUCAAUUCCUACUGCUACAAAAGUAAUUUGUGAAGCAGGGGAUGCUUAUUGCUAUUGGUUUCAAACCCAAAAGUCCUCCAGCCUUCUUCACUUGCUGACAAGAAACACUUGUGACUGCCACUUACUGCUGCUGCUUUCACUGUCUGUCUUUCUCACGAAGAAUCUCCCUUCUCACUUCUUUCUCAUCUUCUUAUCUUCACAAAAAUUACACUUGUACUGCUCUUGAGUCUCACAUGCACUAUCCUGAGCCAAAAAAAAAAAAAAAAAAAGAAGAAGAAGAAGAAGAAGAAAAGACUGAAUCUUUUUUUCUUUUCUUUCUAUAUAUCAAUCAUAAAAUUCCAAAUUUGUAAUAUUCAUUCAUUCCUUCCAUUACUUCUUGGCCACAUUCUGCCUUACCCAUUUCCAGACUCCUUUUGGAUUCCACACAUUGGCGCCACUAAAUAGGCCGAGUUACCCAGAAAAUGGGUGCCACUGGGUUGAAGUUGUAGGCUUUGAGACUUCAAUUUUGGGGGUCCUUUCCUCACCUGAAAUGAGUUUGCUCAAGCUUUCCUGGGCGAUUUGGUUGCUCUCGAUUUUGGGGUGUAGAGCUCUUCUCUGUUGUCAUGCUGCUGAUUUGUCUCUCAAGUUAUUGAAGGCUCCACGUCAGUUUUCUCACUUGAGUAGAGCUACAUUUGAGUUGCAAGCCUUUUUGGGUGAGGAUGAGAGUGCUGCUUGUGUUAACUGUACUUUCAGUUGCAGGCUAGAUGGUGGCAAACCAACAGAUUGUGGAUCCAGGAAGGUUUACUAUGCAGGGCUGGAGGAUGGCAAUCAUGGGUUUGAAGUCUGUAGCAGUGAUGGAAGCUCUUCAGUUGUCUGUGCUGACUACAACUGGACUGUUGACACUAUCCCUCCAAGUGCUUCCAUUGCCACUUCAUCAUCUUUCACAAAUUCCUUAAACGUGUCUGUAAAUAUUACUUUCACUGAGCCCUGCACCGGAGGAGCAGGUUUUCGAUGUGCAUCAGUGGACUCUUGCGAUCUACUAGUCUAUGGUGCUGGCCAAGUGAUCCCAUCUUCCUUUGCUGUUCUUGAACCAAACCUCAAGUAUUCUCUAAUGGUGACCUUAUCGCGUAGUGUUGUAUAUGGUCGAGUUGUCUUGGUAAUGAACAAGAACUUCUGUUCCGAUAAUGCUGGAAACAUGUUUACCAGAACACAGAAUUCUAGUUACUUUCUCCAUUUUGAUUGGAGGAGUGUGUUCGUUGAUAUGAGGACUCGAAUUCCUGAAAGGUUACUUCAACACCAAGGCGAAACUAGGACCGUUCAAGCAACUAACAACUAUGAUAACCUCAAGUUGUAUCUCUACUUCUCCGAGCCUAUCCUCAAUUCAUCAACUGAAGUUCUGAAUUCUCUUAAUGCAAGUGGAGGCUCACUCCGUCCAUUAGGUGGAGAAAGCCUUGGCAACCGUAGAUUUGGUUUCGAGGUUGUAAAUGUUUCUGCCAUUUCUAUUGUUACAGUUGCAAUGCAUUCGGACUCGAUUAUAAGCAGACCAGGGACUCCCGUCUCUCCUAUUGCACCAGCCACCUUCCUUUAUGAUUCUGAGAAGCCUGCGGUGAGGCUAAGCACAACAUCCAACACAAGGACGAGGGAGCACAACCUUCUGGUGUCUAUAAAAUUCAUGAAACCGGUAUUUGGUUUCAACUCUUCCCUUCUGUCAAUCUCUGGAGGGCAUUUGCAGAGCUUCCAUGAAUUAAGUAGGAGCAGCUACAUUACAGAGGUACAAGCUGAUGGUGACACAGUAUCAGUUAGUGUUCCUGGCAACAUCACUUCUGAUAUUGCUGGAAACAAGAAUCUCCCAUCCAAUGUUCUACAAGUGAGACACUAUUCCGUACCUAGAAUCUCGUGCAUAGUAUCCACAUUUGCAGCUGCUUGCUUCAUUGCUACAUGUCUAGUUGCUGGACUGCUUACUCUGUCAACAGCAAGCCUUCAGGCCAUUGGAGCAUUUUCAAGGCCAUCACCCCUCCUGACAUCCGAGCCAACACGGAGUCUUUUCAGAAUUGCAUGCUACGUUCAGAUCUUCGCACUAUCUAGGUGGUUGGCUGUCACUCUCCCAGUCGAAUAUUAUGAAGUCUCGAGAGGCUUACAGUGGAGUAUUCCAUACUUCACACUCCCUUGGGAAACCAGGGGUAUUCACUCAGCAACUCUACUCCCAAAUUCAUCUGCUGUAGUUCCGCAUUCUUCUACCAUUUCUAGAUUCCACAACCCAGAAAUUCCCAAGCAAAUGCAUAAGGGAAAGGAAAGAUUGAGCAUGGCUGCUUCGGUAUAUGGCUUGCCUCUUACUCCAAUUGAGUACAAAUUCUUCUUCGAGAGCCAAGACAUGAAGCCAGAAGCAGAUUAUAUCAUGGAAACACAGCGUUCCAAUGGGUGGAAAGAUUUUCACAGAACCAUGUUCUGGUUAGCAGUAAUCUGUGGUGGUCUAAUACUGCUGCAUGCCAUAGCUAUCCUGAUCCUCAAGUACAAGAAGAGAGAAGAAGAAUCUCAAAAGCCCAGCAGCAAUGGAGCAUUGGUAUUUCCAAGAUUCGAAAUAUUUCUUCUCAUUCUCUUAUUGCCUGGCAUCUGUAAGGCAUCUGCAGUGUUGGUGAAAGGUAAAACAGUCUCAGGCACUAUAGUCGGAAGUCUGCUGCUUUCAGCAGUUGGCAUGUCGCUUCUAGCCUUGCUAUUAUUCCUCUCAAUUGGGAUCACUUUAGGGAAGUUACUCCAGUACAAGGAAGUCCAUCAAGUAGGGCAGAUCUUCCACUGGUAUCAGGAGCUGGUUCGUGUCACAUUAGGCCCAGGGAAGAGAGGCCAAUGGACAUGGAAAGAUCAACCCAUCAACUCAGCCCAGCUGACGAAGCUCGGCCCAUUGUUCGAAGAUCUCAGAGGCCCGCCAAAGUACAUGCUUUCCCAGAUAGGAGUUGCCAGCAACAAGUACAGGGACAGAAUCAUUGCAUCAGAUGACGAGACAGAAGAUGCAGAAGCUCCCUUCAUUCAGAAACUCUUUGGAAUCCUCAGGAUUUACUACACAUUGCUCGAAUCCAUCAAAAGAGUCACCCUAGGGUUCGUCGCUGGUUCAUAUGCCAAUACCUGGUCUUCCAAAACUCCGAGCACUGUCUUACUAUCCAUCACUGCUUUCCAGCUCUUCUUUGUGGUUCUGAAGAAGCCAUUCAUCAAGAAGAAAGUGCAGCUAGUCGAGAUCAUCUCCCUUUCCUGCCAAGUCCUGAAUUUCGCCACGUGUUUGAUUCUGUCCAAGAUGGAACCUUUGUCGACGAGAAACGAAACCCGAGUGGGGAUCUUCAUGGUUGUGGUGUUCUUGACAGGUUUCUUGGCUCAUACGGCAAAUGAAUGGUAUGCACUGUACAGACAGACGAAAAAUCUGGACCCUGCAUUGAAGUCGUUCUCCACAGGGUUGAAGAUGGCAGCAGUUGGGUUGCUGGCUUUCUUGGGCACCAAGAAGAUGUGCACUAGCUUGCUCUCCAAGCUACCGAAGAAAGACAGAGAGACAGGCGGAGGGGAAAUGGCUGGUUCGUCUUCUGCUGAAAGGAACAAGAAUUCGGGAAGCUCGGGGACUCCAAUGGUGGACAAACCGUGGAUGAGACAGCUGAGAGAAAUGGCAAAGGCGAGUUUUACGAGAGAAGGAAGCAGCACAGGUGGAAGAGGUGCAAGCGUUCCGACGGAUCCUUCCAGCAGUAGGACCAAGUGGAGUGGGUUUUGGGGCAGCAAGAAGAGCGAGAGCUCGUCUCAGCAAUCCUCUGCUGAUUUCAAAUCCAGACCAAACCGCUUGUACAAAGAUUUAGAAGCCAUCUUUGCAGCAAAAUGAUGAACGUUCCUGUCUUUCUUUCUUGAUAAACAAGAGCGUGAAAGUUCAACAGGGAAUGCAGACAAUCAAUUCCUCAGAUCAGUCUUUCUUCAAUUUGAAACUUAACUCUUACUUACGACUGUAAAUCAUUCUUUUACGCAAUUCAUUGAUGGUUCAUGCAAAGUAAAAAAAGUUGCAAAUUGGCUGGCAACUUUCGAAGUGUGAUGGCGCCAUGUAACAAAUUCUGGAAAGAAACCAAUUGCAGCAAG